AUGAUGAUAUUGAGCAGAGUAAUUCGAUUGCCUGUCUUAAAGAGAGCGACUUUCUUAACUCGUUCUUUUACGGUAACUCCAUUUUACCUAAAAAAACAUAAUAAUACUAGUAAGGGCAAAUCGAAACUCACAAAGGAUAUAGGAUUAAACGCCAAUUCACCAACAGGGACAGCAAACGAUGAUAUCGACCUUUUAGAAGAAGCUAAAACACACUUUGACAAAACUUUAGAAUUACAUCAAAAGAAAAUUAAUGAAACAAGGCAAGGGAAAUCUAACUCCAAGAUCUUUGACAAACUUAUACUACCUAAUGGUUCCAAAUUUAUUGAUGUUGCGACAACUUCAUCAAAGGGAUCUCAUUCCCUAUUAAUUACUGUAUUUGAUCCAAAGGAUACUAAGAAUGUAAUCAGUACAAUAUUAGGUUCGGGUUUGAAUUUGAAUCCAGAAAGAAUACCAAAUAAUGAUCAACAAUUAAAAGUUCUACUACCACCAAUGACAACGGAGACUCGUGAAUUAAUAAUCAAAGAAAUGAAGAAAAAUUUCGAAGAGUACAAAAGUUCCUCUUUGAAAGUUUCUUUAGGUUUCAUUAGAAAUAAUAUCUUGAAGAAACUGAAAGCUAUUCAAAAGAAAAAUGAUAGCGAUAGGAAAUUAAUUGCAGAUAUUGAGAAAUUACAUAAAGAAUAUGUUGUAAAAUUACAGGAACAAUUCAAAAAUAGUUGA